AUGGAGGAUGAUACAGCAUCUGAGAUCCUGGAGUGGGGAGACCAGAGACUUGUACUAAAUGAAACUGAUGAAGAGGUCUUGACACCAGGGGUUGAAAACCAGGGCCAGAUGGAAAGUGAGAAUGGAACCCAAGUCCAGGAACUAGGGAAGAGAAACCAAAGGGAAGCUGGAGAGAAUCCUACUGAAACCCAGGCAUAUAGGAUAGAGAACCAGGAACAGUUAAGAUGUCAAACCGAUGCUGAGACUCAAUCACCUAAGUGGGGGAACCAGGGUGAGGGUAGUAGUGAGGAUGCUACAGAGAUUCAAGCAUUUGAGAGGAGAAACAAGAAAGAGGCCACAGGGGAGGGCAAGGGAGAUAUCCAGACCCAAGGAUUGGGGAUGCAGGGCCAAACUACUAGUAAGAAUGGCGAGGAGCUCCAGAUACCAGAGAGGGAGCAACAAGAGCAGCAUAGAGGUAAUAUUCAGGCAGAAGAGAGGAGAAAAAAGGACCAGUUUGGAGGUGAAGAUGCUGUGCAUUUCCAGAUGGCUGGGAGGCAGAACCUGGGACAGGUCAAAGAAGAGUGUUUAAAGACCCAGGCACUGGUGUGGAGCAAACAGAUAUGGGUGGGACAUGAGACUGUUCCAGAGAUCCAGACACCAGGGUGGGAGAACCAGAAUCAAGGUCAAAAGAAGAAAGCUAGAGGAAAGAAUGAGAUGAAAUUAAGACUUGACAUUCCAGUAGGGUGGGGAAACCAACACCCGGGGAAAGGCAAGGAUGCUGGAGAAAAUCCAAUGUUUUGGAGGAUGAAAUUGAAAGAGAUCAGAGAGGAGGACUGGGUGGUGAUCCAGGCACCAUGGUGGGGAACCCAGAGAACUGUAGCAGGCGAAAUUGACAGAGAAUUUGAUACAUCCUGUUGGGGUGAUCAAGGCCAGAUGGCAGCAGAAAUUUGGGCACCAGAGAUGAGAAACCAGAGAGAAGGUGGAGGUGAGGGUGGCGCAGAAGCCUGGUCACCUGAGGUGGAUAACCAGGGACAAUUGAGUGGUAAAGCUGCUGUAGCAAUCCAGCCACCAGUAAGGUCUCUGUUCCGAGCAGUGAGUGAGGGCCAGCUUGUAGACAAGAAUGGUUCAGACAUGCAGGCAUCAAGGAAGGGAAGCAUGCGAGGAGUUAAAGGUGAGGAGACACAAAGAUUUGAGGAAGAAAACCAAGGUCAAUUAAGCAGUGAAAUGAAUGGAAAAAUUCACACAUCAAAGUGGAAGAAUGAGGCUCCUGUUAGAAGCAAGGAUGGUGCAAAUACCCAGGCUUUUGAGGCAGAGAACUGGAGAAAAUUAACAAUUAAUAUGAAUGGAGAAGUCCAUUUAUCUGGCUGGGAGAAAGAAGAGCAGACUGAACGUGAAAACAAUGUACGGCUCCAGGUUCCAGAGAAUAGAAGCCAGAGAGAAGCUGGAGGUGAGAAUGGCAUAGAGACCCAGGCACCUAAGAAAGAAAACCAGAGUCAGUUACGAAGUGAUGGUGAUGGAAAUGCCCAUUUAUCCAAGUGGAAGAACCAAGAGCAGAUGAGAGGUAAGAACAGGACAGAAAUCCAAGCUCCAGAGAAGAGACAUCAAAGAGAAGCUGGAGGUGAGGAUGGUGUAGAGACCCAGAGAUUUGAGAGAGAGAAGCAGGAACAAUUAGAUGGUGAAAUUAAUGAAGAGAGCUCUUCUCCAAGGAUGAAGAACUGGGAGCAGGCUGGAGGUGAGGACAGUGCAGAAAAUCAGGCAUCAGAACAGAGAAACCAAAGAGAGGUUGGAAAUGAGGACAAUACAAAGAUCCAGAAACUUGUGGGAGACAAUCAGACAACAUCGCUAAAUAAAGUUAAUGGUCCAGAGAUCUGGGCACCUGGGGAAGAAAACCAGAUUCCUUUAAUAAGUGAUGGUGAUAGAGAUGCCCAGUUAUCAAAGUGGAAGAGUCAAGAACAGAUGGGAAGUGAGAAUGCUGCAGACAGUCCAAUAAAAGGGAAGAGAAACUUGAGAGGGUCCGGAGUUGAUGAUGGUUCCGAGAUCCAGGCAUCUGGGGGAGUGAAUCAGGGAGAGUUAAGAAGUGAAAUUAAUAGAGAGAUCCAGACAGAAGGACAAGGGAACCAGAACAAGGUUGGUGACAAAGAUGCUACUGAAAUCUGGGAUGUAGGGAGUCAGAGAAAGAGCGGAGCUGAGGAUGCUGGAGUACCAAGGGACAGAAAGAAGAACCAGGUCAGAGAAAAAGAUGCUGCUAAGGAAAAUCUCAAAGCUGAUUGUGCUGGGGGUGAGGGCAGGAAGCCCAGCUUGGCACAGCCCACAGCCCUCACUAGUUCUGGGAAUGAGACCAUAGAACGAGGACAGGCUGUGCCUAUGAGUAGUUUAGCCUCUGCUCCUGAUCCUGAGAUGAAGCACCUACCUCAGCAGGAUGAAGUCCUCCUUCUGGUCAAUGGGGAGGAAGAGCAUUUGGCCAUUUGGGGCCCAGUCCCAGCCAGGGAGCAUGAACCUCAGAGAGGUGGACGAAAUGACAAAGACGUGGUCCUAGGGAAAGCCUCCAGCUUGACUCAGCAACCCUGGAACCUGCCUUCAUCUGUGGCCACCCUGAGUCUGCCGUCUGUCUGCCCUUCUCUCCAAUGUGGCCCAGCCUCCCAAGGUGCCACAGCUUUUCCGGGCACUGCUACUGCUCUCACUGACCUGCCCAAGGGGCCAGUUCUCAAGAAGAGCCAACGACUGGUCCUGGAGUCCCUCAUGCGGCGGAAGAUUGCACACCUCAAGUGGGGCCUUCCCAAGCGCAUCUUGGAGUCCUAUUUGCUCCUUAACUUCUUAGGAUCUUGUCCGUUGCCUAUUGCUGGGCUGAGGCUCCCUGGAUUAUACACCGAUCAUAAAUUCCAAGGGCAGCAGAAGAGAUUCGGUGAAGCUCAGGGCUCCAGGGCAGGUCUUAAGCCCCCAAAGAAGCCUCCGAGGGUUAAUGCCCCAGGAAGAAAGUGCCCCAAACUUCCUACACAGUCUAGAGCCCUGGAGAAGUGUGGACCAUACUGGACAGAGCCACUGGGCGGGCCCAUCCACCUUGAAAAGCCCAGGACAACCAGACCACCAGGUGGCGCCAGAGACCGAAAGGCAACCCAAGGAGAGACCCGUGAGGCUGAGCAUGACCAUUUUGAACAAGAUAUCCUGGUCCUCACAGCCGUCUAA